CCGAGCAGAUGCUCUCGACCUCACUUUGAUUUGGUUCCAGACUGCUGUGGCAUUUGACAGCUGUCUAUUUACCCAAUACACGGCGGGACUUCCUCUUCUCCACCCCGCGCAGGCCUUGUUCUCCCACUCGCCCGCUGCCCCUCCCGACCAACCAACGCCUAGCUCUUCCAUCUUGCUUGCAGCUUCACCAGAACACCUCGUCCUGCCACAGUCGGCACGCCAGCAACAACACUUUCCCCUCCACGGCUGGUCCCGCGCGUGACGACGCGCAACCGUCUGCAUGAUGAAUGAAGACGAGCAAAUUGCCAACAUUCAGAAGAAGGUCGACAAGGAGAGGGUCCUGCUCAACGCUGCGCAGGCCAUGCUCCAGCAGACACCAAAUGCCGACGUUCGUUCCCGCCUCAACAACCAGAUGCGAGAUGGCCGCCGCAACAUCCAGUUCUUCGAGGAGAAGAUUCGAGACCUGCAGAUGAAGCGACUUGGCCACAAUGUCGACAACAUGAGCAUCAGCUCCGGCUCUACUGCCGUCGGGUCUGGCAGCGUACGCCCGGCAAGCCAAGGAGGCCCGCCUCCUCCUCCGAAGGAUGCAGGCAACUGGGGAGGAGACAGGGGCUCUUAUGGCAGCGGCUCCGUUCAGUACAGCGAGAUCGGUGGGCACGGAGACAUGAUGCCGCCGCGGCACCCUUACGCGCCUCCAGGCCCAGGUGCCGGCGUUCCCAAGUCCAGGCCUAAUUUUACUAAGCUCGAUCUGAUCAAGUACGACAGCCCAUAUAUGGGCCCUCGUAUUCAACUUAUGCUUUCUCAGAUCCAAUUCAAACUAAACGUCGAAGAGCAAUACCUCAAGGGAAUCGAGAAGAUGGUUCAGCUCUAUAAUAUGGAAGGCGAUCGCAAGAGCAAGGCCGAUGCUGCCGCCAGGCACGUGGAGUCAAAGCAGAAGAUUCAGCUCUUGAAGCAGGCUCUCAAAAGAUAUGAAGAGCUUCACAUCGAUGACAUUGAGGUUGCCGAUCAACUGGAUGAUGAUAGUAUCAACAUGCCCAAUUUGCGGAAACCACUCACGGGUCAACUCGCGAUCCGGGUAAUCCAGGUUCGAGAUGUCGACCAUGCCAGCACCGGCAGAUUUUCCCGGGGCCCGGAGACGUUUGUUGCCGUCAAAGUGGAAGACAACAUUGUGGCAAGAACCCGGAUCGCGCGUGGCGAUCGUUGGGAGGCCGAGUACCACAACAUCGACGUCGACAAGGCCAACGAGGUUGAACUCACAGUCUACGACAAGCCGGGUGAGCACGCGAUCCCCAUCGGCAUGCUGUGGAUCCGCAUCUCCGAUAUCGUUGAAGAGAUGCGCCGAAAGAAGAUUGAAGCGGAGAUGACAAACUCCGGCUGGGUCUCGGCAGAUAGGAUGGGAGGCCAAGAUGCAGGCGGCCCGCCAUCCCAGUUUCCCAUGAGCCCAACACAACAGCAGUCAUUCGGGGCCGGUGCUACAAGUCCUGGACUCCAGGGAGGUCAAGGUCAAGCGCAGUUUGGUCCACAAGCAGUUCCUCAGGUGACUUCGCAGCCAAUCGAUGCAUGGUUCAACCUAGAGCCGGCGGGCUCGAUUCAUCUGGCCCUCGACUUCAUCAAGCAGAAUAAAGAUCGCCGACAGGUCGACCUCGGCCUUGGAAGAAAGGGCGCCGUGCGUCAACGAAAGGAAGAGGUCCACGAGAUGUAUGGCCACAAAUUCGUGCAGCACCAGUUCUACAACAUCAUGCGCUGUGCUCUCUGUGGCGAUUUCCUCAAGUACUCUGCCGGCAUGCAGUGCGAAGACUGCAAGUACACAUGCCACCAGAAGUGUUACGGAAGUGUCGUCACCAAGUGUAUCAGCAAGAGCAACGCGGAGACAGAUCCAGACGAGGAGAAGAUCAACCACCGGAUUCCUCACAGGUUCCAGGCCUUCAGCAACGUUACGGCCAAUUGGUGUUGCCACUGUGGCUACAUGUUGCCUUUUGGAAAGAAGAACUGCAGAAAGUGCUCUGAAUGCAAUCUUACAGCGCACGCAGGCUGUGUUCAUCUGGUGCCUGAUUUCUGUGGCAUGAGCAUGGCCACAGCCAACCAGAUCCUUGAGGGUAUGCGAGUACAAAGGCAGAGACAGCAAAAGGUCACGUCCUUGACCGACAAGACUCUUCGCCAGGGCAAGGCAAGCCCGGCAAGCUCGCAGACGCCUUCGUCCCCCUACAGUAGCCAUGCACCUUCGUAUCAGCCAAGCGUGUCCUCACAAGAGGCCACGGAGGCUGCUAAGGCCAUGUAUGGGGCACAGAUAUCGCCUCAGCGGCCCACGCAUCCUGACAGGACAUCUUCGGGUCAGAGUGCGGCUGCGGCUGCGGCUUCGGCGGCCAUGAGCGGCGCUUCCGCGUACGGAGGUCGCCCUUCACACGGUCAAGACUAUGCCAGUGGCCGGACUGGCAGUUACAGCUCUCCAGAUGGACAGGAUGACCCGUAUAGCAGUGCAGCGAGCCAGAACUAUAACAAGUCCACAGCGCCAUUGCCCUACAACCCUGCAAGCUUCGCCAACGUGGACAACAACUAUGGCCAGCCACCAGUGCAGCAGCAUCGCCCUUCUGCCGGUCCCAUUCCGCAACAGCCGACAUCACCAUCGUAUGGCUACCAACAGCAGCAGCAGCAGCAGCAGCAACCGCAACAUGACAAGCCGGCGUACGCCUCCAGCCCUGCGCCGCAAAAGCCCCAGGCUGUUGUGCAAGAGACGCCGUCACUAUCGUCUCCCCACGGCAUUCCCGGUGCUUCUCGCAAGCCCUUGCCGUCAGCUACGGACCCUGGGACAGGACAACGUAUUGGAUUGGACCAUUUCAACUUCCUUGCUGUACUGGGUAAGGGCAAUUUCGGCAAGGUCAUGCUGGCCGAGACGAAGAAGUCGCGGCGGCUCUACGCCAUCAAGGUUCUCAAGAAGGAAUUCAUUAUUGAGAACGACGAAGUUGAGAGCACUCGAUCCGAAAAGAGAGUGUUCCUCAUUGCAAACCGGGAGCGUCAUCCCUUCCUCACAAACCUGCAUGCUUGUUUCCAAACGGAGACCCGGGUCUACUUCGUCAUGGAAUACAUCAGUGGUGGUGAUCUGAUGUGGCACAUUCAGCGGGGCCAGUUCGGCACUAAGCGUGCGCAGUUCUAUGCUGCCGAGGUCUGCCUCGCGCUCAAGUACUUCCACGAGAAUGGCGUGAUAUACCGUGACCUCAAACUUGACAACAUCCUUCUAACUCUUGAUGGCCACAUCAAAAUCGGUGACUAUGGUUUGUGCAAGGAGGACAUGUGGUUUGGUUCAACUACUAGCACGUUCUGCGGAACCCCCGAGUUCAUGGCUCCUGAGAUCUUGCUGGACAAGAAAUAUGGUCGUGCGGUUGAUUGGUGGGCUUUCGGCGUCCUGAUCUACCAGAUGCUGCUUCAGCAAUCACCAUUCCGCGGCGAAGACGAGGACGAAAUAUACGAUGCCAUCCUGGCAGACGAGCCGUUGUAUCCAAUUCAUAUGCCACGCGACUCUGUCUCGAUCCUCCAGAAGCUUCUCACUCGCGAGCCCGACCAGCGUCUUGGCUCAGGUCCCACGGAUGCCCAGGAAGUCAUGAGCCAGCCUUUCUUCCGCAACGUCAAUUGGGAAGACAUAUUCCACAAGCGCGUGGCACCGCCCUUCAUGCCCACGAUCAAGAACGCCACUGACACGAGUAACUUCGACUCGGAGUUCACUAGUGUUACACCCGUACUUACUCCGGUCAACUCUGGUAAGCAAGCAUAUAUUUAGACAAUCUCUCGAUUACGUUCGCUAACUGUACUGUAGUCCUGUCGCAAGCCAUGCAAGAAGAGUUCCGUGGCUUCUCGUACACGGCCGACUUCGAAUAGGAUGUAGAAAAGCCUGUGAAUGAAGAGAGCUCCGACGAGUGACAGGGAACCACCAUACAUAAUUAUCUCACCCUUGUACUUCGCAGGAAAGGAGUCAACUUUCAUGCCACCUCUAUA